AUGAAAACCACGACACUUAUAAAUACUUGCCCUUGCUCUUGCUUUUUACCACAUCUCACUUCGACAUCUAUUCUUCAAACUUUUAAAUCCCCUUCCGUGUUCAGUCCUUUCACUAGAUUUAUAAAGGCCAUCGUGGGUGUUGUAACUUUUGAGAAGGAAAUUACAACUUCAAUCCCACAAGCCAAAACAUUCAAGACCUUUAUCCUUGAAUCUGACACUCUUAUCUCCAAGAUUUUGCCUCAGAUUAAUAUAGAGUUCCUUGAAGGAAAUAGAGAAUCCGGAACCGUGAAGAAGACUACCUUUACUGAAGGUGGUGAAGAUAAGUAUAUUAAGACUAAAAUUGAAGCAACGGAUAAAGAUAACUUCACACACUGCUCCAAUGUUGUUGGAGGCAAGCCAUGGCUGGAUGAACUAGAGAAGACUUCUUAUAAAAGUAAAGUAGUAGCUUCUUUUGAUGGAGGAUCCAUUAUCAAGAGCGUUAGCAAGUACUACCUAAAGGAGGAUUGUGAGCUCGACGAAGAAAGCAUCAAGGCUGGAGCAGAGAAGGCCUUUGGCGUAUUUAAAGCUAUUGAAGCGUAUAUCUUAAAAAUUCUAAUGGUGGAUAUUUUAGUCAUUUUGUAUAAUUAUUAGAAUUUAUAUUAAGAGUUAUUUAUGUAAUAAUACUUGUUGGAGAUAAAGAUACAUAUAUUUUUUAUCUAUCAGAUAGACUUAUAUUGGUAUACUUAUCUCUAGGGAGACUUAUCUCUAGAGAGACUUACUUA